AUGGCCGAAGCACGCUAUUUGUGUGGGACCAUUUUCUGCUUUGUCGGCUUUGUCUUCUUGGUGGUAGUGGGACUGCUGCUGAAGUUGCAGCCAAUGUACAUUCUCAACGCCAAGACACCAAACUCUGGGGCUAAUUCGUGUUUUGAAGCUGCCAUACUGUAUGCAAUUGCAAUGAUCCUGUGCUAUAUGUUGUGGCGAAAUAAAAAGAUGCGAUCAGGUGAGAUGGAUUUCAUCUCGGAAACAUUUACACUCAAGCGCGACCGAACGUACUAUGGUUCAGAAGACUCGGACGAGGAAAUGCCAUUGGCAAAGAACAGAUCUCCUACGCCUCGUAUGGUGUCGAGUCUUUCCGACUCUUGUCGUCAAAAUUAG